GUUCUCAUUCAGAUAAAAAAGGAAACACGUGGCAAAUAACUAUUCGUCAGAACGUUCUUGGCGAUAAGGAAAUGGAUGAUGUUCUUCUUCCAAAGAAGCACUUAAACAUUUCCCACAUCAUUUUUUUGCACUUUAAGCUUACUUAACCAGAAUUAAAUUAUCAAGCUUCAAUUCCAACGUGCAGGUGAGAAAGAACUGAGAAAAGAAAAGUCAUAAACAAGACAGAUAACAAAGUUGUGGCAGAGAUGGCAUCUAUGACCAUGACAGCUUCUUCAUUGUUAAAUGGCUCAGCUUCAACCAUCACCAAGCCUCCUACAACGUCGACACCCUGCCAAGGUCUCGUAGUGGCUAAGGCCCCAAGAGCCUCGUUAGAAGGGCAGCGAACCACUGUGCAAGCGAGGGAGGAGAGCAGUGGAGGGAGGAGAGAAUUGGUGGUUGCAGCUGUGGCUGGAGCUGCAUGGUCCAUCGUUAAGGUGGCCGUGGCUGAGGAACCAAAGCCAGGUACCCCAGAAGCCAAGAAGAAAUAUGGUCCUGUUUGUGUCACAAUGCCUACAGCUCGUAUUUGCCACAAAUGAGGAGUUGGCAGGGAUUAGAAUAACUUUAUAUCCUCUUAAAUGUUUGGAUGGUGUUUGUAUAAUUUAUAAAAAAGUUAUGUACACAUUAUCUAUAUAAAUAUAUGUGCCCGAUAUCCUUUAUUUUGGACC